UUGUCACAGAGUACCUAUAUUUUUUUCAAACCUAUUGUUCAGUCAGCGUCAGCGAGAGAGAACCGUCUACCUACAUAAAGCAUAUUUUCAUUCCAUCCCAUCCAUCUAAUCAAGCUCAAUCCUCAAGUAAUCAAGCACGAACCCAAAACGAGUAUCGUAUCGCAGCCGCUACGAAAAAAAGAAAGGAAGUUUUGUUGUAGAUGACUAAGUUUUUAGUUUUAAUGAAAAAUAAGUUUAUUCUUAGUAAUUCUGUUUAAUUGCUAGAUUUGCAUUUUCUAUGGGUGAUGGACCGGCAUUAACAGAUUAUAAUGGCUAGCAAGGACGAAGAUGAAGUUUUACUGCAAACUUUCAUGAUAAAAAGGUCUCAAAAUAAGAAGUUAUUUACACCAGUAAAUUUUAAGGAGCGUUGGAUAGUCCUGAGUCGUCGAGCCCUAGUAUACUAUGAUUCAGACAGUGAAAAACGUAGAGAGCGCGGUCGAAUCCCAACGGAGAGUAUCCACACAGUGGAGCAGGCGCAGCUGGGAGAGCUGACCAAGCAGCUGCCAGACAGCGACGGCGACAAGGGCCACUCCUACAGGUAUCCGUUCCAGGUAGGCUACAGUGAGCAGAAUCACGACUAUACCCUGUACCUGGUCGCCGGAGACCACGCCGAGCGACUCAAGUGGAUUCACACCAUUAGGUUAGUGUGCAUACAUAACGUACGGCGGGCGCUGUACCACCCCGCGGCGUGGUCGGCCCGGCGCUGGGCCUGCUGUGACGGGGAGAGGCGCUCCGCCUCGGGCUGCGCCCUCGCUGCCGUCUGGCCGCUGCCUGAACCCGACCUCGUCGCGCAGACGGAAGAGACCAACGAAGACACAUCAUCUGUGACAGCGGCGGUCACCAUGCCUGGGGGAGGGGGUGCCCCUCCCGGCACUCCGUCGGCGAAGCCAAAGGAAAAGCCAAGAAAUAAAAUAGUAGUUGCUCUCUACCCGUUUAAGGCUAUUGAAGCUGGUGAUCUCUCGUUAGAAAAGGGCGCCGAGUACGAGGUUUUUGAUGAUUCACAGGAGCAUUGGUGGAAGGUUAGAGAUGAAACUGGCUUGAUCGGAUACAUCCCUAGUAAUUACGUCAAAGAGAAGGAAACUAUAGGUCUACAGAAAUAUGAAUGGUACGUGGGUGAGAUGUCUCGGCAGCGCGCGGAGUCCCUGCUGAAGCAGGAGGACAAGGAGGGCUGCUUCGUGGUGCGGAACUCCUCCACCAAGGGCAUGUACACGCUCUCGCUAUAUACCAAAGUUAACCAUCCGCAAACGAAGCACUACCACAUAAAACAGAACAGUCGCGGCGACUUCUACCUAUCAGACAAGCAUUGUUGCCCGAACAUUCCAGAACUGAUAAACUACCACAAACACAACAGCGGCGGGCUGUGUUCGCGACUUAAGGCCACCCCUUGCGACCGACCCGCGCCCCCCACCGCUGGCCUAUCACACGACAAAUGGGAGAUCGACCCAUCGGAAUUAGUGCUGAUGGAGGAGCUGGGCGCGGGCCAGUUCGGCGUGGUGCGGCGCGGCAAGUGGCGCGGCCGCAUCGACACCGCCGUCAAGAUGAUGAAGGAGGGCACCAUGUCCGAGGACGACUUCAUCGACGAGGCCAAGGUUAUGACCAAGCUCCAGCACCAGAACCUGGUGCAGCUGUACGGCGUGUGCUCGAAGCACCGGCCCAUCUACAUCGUGACGGAGUACAUGCGGCACGGGUCCCUCUUCAACUACCUGCGCCACACCCCGCCCGACCAGCUGGGGCCCGCGGUCCUCCUCGACAUGUGUAUACAGGUUUGCAAAGGAAUGGCGUAUUUAGAAAGGCAUAAUUACAUCCAUCGAGAUUUAGCAGCAAGAAAUUGUUUGGUUGGAGAUGAAAAUGUAGUAAAAGUGGCCGACUUCGGUCUGGCGCGCUACGUGCUGGACGACCAGUACACCAUCACGGGCGGCACCAAGUUCCCCAUCAAGUGGGCGCCGCCCGAGGUGCUCAACUACACCCGCUUCUCCUCCAAGUCCGACGUCUGGGCUUUCGGUGUUUUAAUGUGGGAAGUAUUCACGUGUGGUAAAGUGCCAUAUGGGCGAAUGAAGAAUUGUGAAGUUGUAGAAAUGGUGCAAAGAGGUCAAGUGCUGGAUAAGCCAAAGGGAUGUUUGAAUGAAAUAUAUAAUGUAAUGCGGCUGUGCUGGCGGCACUUGCCCGAGGAGCGGCCGUCGUUCCGCGUGCUGAAGGAGGAGCUGACGGCCGUCGCGCAAAACGUGCUGGCCGAUUGACUGCGUCUGCUGCUGCAGCUGCUCACCGCGCCCGCCGCUAGCCUUUCAUAGCUUAUCUUAUGUAUUACAUUUGAUCCCCAUGUCAUAAUAAUAGAAGCAAAUACUGCAAUAUCAAUUUUAAAAAAAUACGAUUAGGUAUUAGAUAUUGCAAGUAUGUUUUUGCUUCUAUAUGACUAAUUACAAAAAUGGAUGUACUCUGUUUUUUUUUAGAGUUAACAUAUAAACAAUCUUAUAAAAAAAAUCAAAUGUUAGUUCGAAUUACAAAUUCUAAAGCAUUUAUGAACCCGAAAACUCAAAUUAUAUUGCUGUAGAUAGAAUAAAAAACAUGGUAAGUUGUUUACUUAAAAACUUGUAAGAAAAAUGGGGAUUAUAAGUCCGUGAGAAUUGAAACGUUGAGAAACAUAACGGAACAAAAAUGUCUACGCCCGGAUACGUCCAUCGCUAUUCUCUAUCGAUACAUAAUUUAUGAAAAACAAUUAUUUUCAAUUAAAAAUAUGCCAGUUUAAUUUCUUGUAACAAGGACUUCGUGCAUGCGCAUUCUAUUUCAAAUCUGCGAUUGACAGACAUUAUUUUAUUGAUAAAAUGAAAAUGAGGGCCAAUCUCCGGAAAUAAAAAACGAAAUGCGUGAUUUUUGAAACAUGGUUUAGUUAUGGAGUAGUAAGUACUCCGUACACGGAGUACCUACUAAUUCCAAGGGUUUAGUUAUACCUACUGGCCACCGUGUGGUAAUAAUGUGGUAGAUUUCACGCAGGAAAGUGUUUCCGCUAUAGUGAAUUGAAUUAGCUUGGAAUUGAUUAGAAUAUUGUAAAUAAUUUUGUUUUCCUGUAGUAUCAUGAUAUCAUUGAUUUAGCCAUAAAUAAGUAUAAAUGAAAAUAAAAACAUAUCGAACAUAUAAAUACAGACUUUCAGCGUGAUAAUAUGCUGUGGUCAACAACAAAAUGUCAAUUAAUUUGAAUAUCAAUCAGAAUCACAAUAAAAAUAAAUUAAUAAUUUAAAUAAGACUGUCAACACGUUCCCACAAAUUAUAAAUUACUUUGACAUCGAAAAAGACAAUAAAUACACAUUCCAAUGGUAAAAAAUUCUAAAAACGUGACUGAAUUGAAGUUUCGGAAGUAAUUAGAUCUCGAUCUGUAAUAUUUUUUCCUGUAAAAUAAAGGAGCGGGUCUCGGCUACGAAAUCCUACGCAUCUAGUCUGCUCGACUAUGUUUAUUUUAUUCAUAGAUAGAAUUUAAACGUAAUACAGGAAUUUAAGACCGAUAUUAUUAGCGCGACAUAACAUCAUAAGUAUUUCCACUUUCAUCCUCAUAUCAUGUAAUAGUAAUUAUCAUGUAAAUACAUUUUAUUAUCAAAAACUUAAAAUUUCUGAAAAAAACAAUAUUUGCACAAAUAAAAUACAUACAGGUUGUUUUAUAAAACUGUCACUGCUCUUCUAAUAAAUAUAGACAGCACAUUAAGGACGCCAAUAUUUUCACCUCAUUACUUAUUUUGACUAUUAACUGUGAUUUUAACAUACUCGUAACAUUUAUUUUUAAUGUAUUGUGUAAAUUUAACCAUUGAAAAAGCAGUGACACAAUUUUAAUGUGCCAAUAUUUUCCUUUAAUCUUAAAAUGUAAAUUAUUUUAGGCAUUUGUUGACUGAAUAUUGAAAUGAACUAACGUGUUACCGCUUUCGUUCAUUCGCCCAAAAUCAUUCGUUUCGUACAUGGGGCGAAGUAUUUAUUGGUAAUUUAUAAGUAUUGUAAUUACAUUGUAAAUGUCUUUCGUUGUGAUAAAUAUUGAGUGCUUAGUAAUAGUUACUAAGUAUUGAGUUGUAAUAUUAGUAUUUGACUACAGUUUGAUACCGCGACAUGGUGAGUUAUAAUCAGUUGCAUAAAUGCCCUAUACAGUACAAUAUACAUAUAUAAAAUAGAUGUACUUCGUGAAAUAUAUGAAUAUCAUGUCCUAGUAAUGUAAUUUGCUUCAGAAUUGUACAGCAACUAUUAAUUUGUAUAACUGUUUUGUAAAACUAUUAAGUCAAGUAAAACAAUAUGAUAUA